UCCCUAUUAAUUCCCUUCACCGCCCCCUCGUACUCGUACUUUGCUUCUCUCUCUCUCUAUAUAACAACUACUUUCUCACGCACCAAUUAACAAAGACAUGGUACAAUCCAAGAAGUUCAGAGGAGUCAGGCAACGCCAGUGGGGCUCCUGGGUGUCAGAAAUUCGCCACCCUUUAUUGAAGAGAAGGGUGUGGCUAGGGACAUUUGAGACAGCUGAGGCUGCAGCAAGGGCAUAUGACCAAGCAGCCAUUUUGAUGAAUGGUCAGAAUGCAAAGACGAAUUUCCCCACUUCAAAGAACCAACCUGAAGAAGAUCAUGAUGACACUUUCUUAUCUCCGAAGGCUCUUUCAGAACUCCUCAGCACAAAGCUCAGGAAGUACUGCAAAGACCCUGCUCCAUCCCUCACUUGUCUGAGGCUUGAUGCUGACAAUUCCCACAUUGGAGUCUGGCAGAAAGGGGCAGGGCCACAUUCUGGCUCCAACUGGGUCAUGAGGGUUGAGCUCGGCAACAAACAAACCAAGGGUAGUGGUGAGUCUGUGGACUCGCCACUAAGUUGUGGUACUGAUCAUGGUGCUGGAAAUGAGGUGGUGGAAGAAGAGGAUAGAAUUGCUUUGCAGAUGAUUGAAGAGUUACUCAAUUGGAAUUAUCCUUGUGGCGCUUCAACUUCUUCUUAAGUGCAGCAAGUGUAAAAGGAACCUUCCCUGUCAUGUAUAAUAGUAAUCAUGCAUAUCCCUUUUACAUGCUAUAUAUAUAUCCUUUUCAAUUCGUUUACUUUUCUGUUUCUGUAAAAAUGUUUGUCAAGUGCUGAUAUCAUGAUAGCCAGUUUGAUGGUUACUUAAUACACUUUGCAAUAUUGUGAUUGGUGGUAACCAUGAACAUUGGAUCAAAUUAGAAACGAGAAAAGGAACUUGGUUUGUCAAUUUUAAUUAUUCGUUAGUCUGGGUUACUACCAAACUAUAUAUAGAUAUAUAUUAUUUA